GCCGAAGCCGUGAGGAGCCCGGAGGAGCUGGAUGCGCUGCCGGGCGCCGACCGUCCUUCCGCAUCUCUGAGGUCCUUGAGUUCACGCAGGGAGUGCUCCCUCUUCAGCCAGAAGGACAAGAAGGUCCCCGCGGCCCCUCCUCAGGUUCUCCAGCAGCCUUUGGUGGCCCAGCAUGGCCCACUGAGGGGAACCAUGACUGGCUGGCUGACAUGCGCCGCUGACCACCCACAGUCGUGUCUCACCAGCAGGUGACCCUCCUCUGGCCGCCCCCCACUCGCCUGCCCCGCCCAGGAAAGUGCCUGCACCGCCAGGGACAUCAUGUAGUAGGGCCGGCCGCGGCGCCCAGCGAGCUGCAAUGGUUUUGUACACGACCCCCUUUCCCAACAGCUGUCUGUCUGCCCUGCACGCCGUGUCCUGGGCCCUCAUCUUCCCAUGCUACUGGCUGGCGGACCGGCUCCUGGCCUCCUUCAUACCCACCACCUACGAGAAGCGCCAGCGGGCGGAUGACCCGUGCUACCUCCAGCUGCUCUGCACCGUGCUCUUCACGCCCGUCUACCUGGCCCUCCUGGUCGCCUCGCUGCCCUUUGCGCUCCUUGGGUUCCUCCUCUGGUCCACCCUGCAGUCGGCCCGCCGGCCCUACGUCUACUCCCGGCUGGAGGAUAAGGGCCCAGCCGGCGGGGCGGCCCUGCUCAGUGAAUGGAAGGGUACGGGUCCUGGCAAAAGCUUCUGCUUCGCCACUGCCAACCUCUGCCUCCUCCCGGACUCGCUGGCCAGGCUCAACAACGUUUUCAACACCCAAGCCCGGGCCAAAGAAAUCGGCCAGAGAAUCCGCAACGGGGCCAGUAGGCCCCAGAUCAAAAUCUACAUCGACUCACCCACCAACACCUCCAUCAGCGCGGCCAGCUUCAGCAGCCUGGUGUCACCGCAGGGCAGUGAUGGCGUGGCCCGGGCUGUCCCUGGGAGCAUUAAGAGGACGGCCUCUGUGGAGUACAAGGGUGACGGUGGGCAUCACCCUAGCGACGAGACCGCCAACGGCCUGGCCUCCGGGGACCCAGCCGACGGCGGCAGCCUUGAGGACGCCUGCAUCGUGCGCAUCGGUGGCGACGAGGGGGGCCGGCCCCCCGAAGCCGUCGACCCCCCCGCUGGGGGCCAGGCCGGGAACGGGGCUGGUGGGGGCCCACGGGGCCAGACGCCCAACCAGAGUCAGCGGGAUGGGGACUCGGGGAGCCUGGGCAGCCCCUCGGCCUCCAGGGAGUCCCUGGUGAAGGCGCGGGCCGGGGCCGACGGCGGCGGUGGGGAGCCAGGCGCCAACAGCAAGCUCCCGUACAAGGCCUCGGUGGCAAAGAAGGCAGCCGUGCGCAGGAGGCGCCACCCGGACGAGGCUUUUGACCACGAGGUCUCAGCCUUCUUUCCCGCCAACCUGGACUUCCUGUGCCUGCAGGAGGUGUUUGACAAGCGGGCGGCCGCCAAGUUGAAAGACCAGCUGCACGGCUACUUCGAGUACAUCCUCUAUGACGUCGGGGUCUAUGGCUGCCACGGCUGUUGCAGCUUCAAGUGUCUCAACAGCGGCCUCUUCUUUGCCAGCCGCUACCCCAUCAUGGACGUGGCCUAUCACUGUUACCCCAAUGGGCGGUCCUCCGACAGCCUGGCCUCGAAGGGAGCUCUGUAUCUCAAGGUGCAGGUAGGAAAUACACCUCACGACCAAAGAAUUGUCGGGUACAUCUCCUGCACACACCUGCACGCCCUGCCAGAGGACAGUGACAUCCGGUGUGAGCAGCUGAACAUGCUUCAGGACUGGCUGGCUGAUUUCCGAAAAUCUACCUCCUCGUCCAGCGCAGCCAACCCCGAGGAGCUGGUGGCGUUUGACGUCGUCUGCGGAGAUUUUAACUUUGACAACUGCUCCUCUGACGACAAGCUGGAGCAGCAGCACCCCCUGUUUACACGUUACAAGGACCCCUGCCGCCUGGGGCCUGGGGAGGAGAAGCCGUGGGCAAUCGGUACCCUAUUGGACAAGGACGGUCUCUACGACGAGGAAGUGUGCACCCCUGACAAUCUGCAAAAGGUCCUGGAGAGCGAGGAAGGUCGUCGCGAGUACCUCGCUUUCCCCACCAGCAAGAGCCCCGGGGGAGGCCAGAAGGGACGCAAAGAGCUGCUGAAGGGCAACGGCAGGCGCAUUGACUACAUGCUGCACGGGGAGGAGGGGCUGUGCCCAGACUGGAAGGCCGAGGUGGAAGAAUUCAGUUUCAUCACCCAGCUGUCGGGCCUGACAGACCACCUCCCGGUGGCCAUGCGGCUGAUGGUGUCUGCGGGGGAGGAGGAGGCAUAAACGAGCCAAGUCAUCACGAGCAGCAGGGCCUCUGCCAGCCCUCUGAGCCGCAGUCCCUCCCUGGCCAUGUCCCCUCCAGCAAGCACCACCCGUGCUGGGGGAGGGGGGCAGGGGCCUGGGAGAGCUGCAGCCAGUCCUGGGUGAGCUGGAACCAGCGCUGCCCAGCACCUCUGGGCACUCGCCAUGGACAGGAGUCAGGCUGGCCUUGGGAGUCCUGGCUGCCCAACCAGUGCCAUUCUUUCAAAUCGUUAUUUUCUACAAAUCUACAGCACAACCUAGUUUGUAACCCGUGGGUUAGUACGAGAACCGGGUUUCUGUACUCUUUAUAUCUCUUCUCAAGCUUCGUCCAGGGUUCAUUAUUUUUGUCUGCUGCCAUGUUGUCUCGCAUGCCUGCACCCUCGCAUGCACGCUGCCCGCAUGCCACGUGCCACGCUGUAGCCACAGACCCCUCACUCAGGCCUCACCCAAGGCCAAACUCCAAACACAAUCAGAACCAGCCAAAGAAGCAUUCCUGGACACACGGCCGCCGGCUCGCCACCUCCAGCCUGGACAGCUCACGAGCAGGGACCGUGAGGGCUGUGUCCAGUUACCAGCGAGCCCGGGCUCUUCCCCAGGGUCUUGCAUUCAAGGGCGAUUACAUUUUAAAAAGAAAAUCAAAAAAGUUAAGAACAAAAACAACCCUUCACUUUAAAGGGUCUGCAAGCCACGAGGGAGAACGCUGCUCUUCCUGAGACAGGCAUAGCAGAGCCUGGAGCCUCCCCUGGAGACUCCAAUCUGGGCAAUGAAGCCACAGACAGGAAUCCAAGGAAAGAGCAUCACUUUUUUACAGGAAAAAGGGAAACUCAUGGCAUUAGGGGGGAGGGGGACUUCUGGUUUUGAAAAUGACAGAUUUGUAGCUUCUCUUCUGUCAAAACCAACACAUCCUCUUUCUGCCUGAUCCUGUCUCCCCUCCGGACACCCUUCUGGUUUGGGACCAAUCUUCCUGGGGACUGUCCCCAUCCACGUGCUGGCUGAGCUCAGGAACCGUCCACCUGCCUCUGGGUGGGGCUGAGGCUCUGUCCUCCCAGGCCCAUCCUCAACAGCAACCCGAUCCGGGGGCCCUGGACAAAGGGGCUGGAAGCCAAGGCACAGAGCAGCCUGUCCCCUCACCAGCGUGCAGGCUGGGGGUGGCAAGGCCAAUGGCCACUGCUCGCCCCAGGCAGGGAGUGGUACUGGCUGGCAUCCACUCUGCCACCAUGUGACCAGGGCCAGCCCCGGGCACAUGCGCACAGCAUGGCAGAGUCUGCAAGUGAAGCCCACAGCUCCUCUUCCCACGGCAGCACUGCCUCUGCCCACCUGCCUUUUUAAACUCACCUGGGGACGCCCCCCAGAGUCACGCAGGGAGGGUUUUGUCUGCUUCCAGGUGCGAGGCCCCUUCGACUCUGGGAGCUGUUACUGACAACUCCCAAUGGUCUCCCCUCCUCACAGCGCCCCAACCAAUGUGCACGCCUGGCUCGAGGCCAGUUCUGCCCAACGAGGCUGGGGACACACCGGGACCAUGCUGCCAGGAGCCUCCUGGUGCCUAUAAGCUGACGCUGUGCCUUGUCACCCACUGAGCUGCAAGAGGGACCAAGAGGGGGCCAAGGCCAGAGGCCAGGCCUGCGCUGGAGUAAGACACUCCUGAGAGCCACACUCACGGUGGCACUGGUUGGUCUGCAUGCCCCUGGCUGGGGCAGCAGCUGAGCUGAGGGCCUCACUGCCUGGAGCACUUCGCUGGCCAGGCCCCCAGUCCCACCCCUCAAGUCAAGACAGGAGGGGCUGCUCACCAUCUAGGGUGUAGUCCUCCUUGGGCUCUCUGCUGCACCCCUCCUCCAAGGCUGUGGCUCUCGGGGCCCUGGCUAGGCUUCACUGGGUCAGGGGCCUCCAAUCCCAGGAGCAGCCAGGAAUCUGCUCACAGGUGGAGCUCAACGGGGCAGAUGUGAUGCCUAGAUGUCUGGGCCUGAGCCGAGGCCCCUAGGCUGCGGGUCAGCUGUGUGCCCAGGACAACAGCGGAAGCAGGGCCAGGGCUCCUGAAGCAGAGCGACUCCAGCACAGCUUCCAUCCUUCAGAAGGGCCGCCUGCCUCCCAGGGCAGCUGGUGGGGAGCCAAGGCACAGGGGGCCAUGCUUCUCUCCCUACUCACAGGGCAGCCUUAGGCAAGUCAUACCUCCCUGUGCCUCAGUCAUUUCCUGUCCUAACAAGGUCACCUCUGCCCAGCCUGCCUAGUGUCCAGAGCAGAACUGGCCUGGCUCCCCGCUCCCCUCGCACCGCCCUCUGGCAGGGCCUCAGCGCUGAGGCCGCCAUCGCCCAGCCACGAGUUUCAUCAAGCCUGUGCACCCCCGGGGCUAUGUACAAGCCAGACUUUUCCAUUUCGAUUUUUAAAAAAGAAAGAAAAGAAACAUCUCAGAUGUUUCUGUGGCAUCUAGGCCUGGGAAGGACAGACCAGGGGUCACCCAAAUCCCCAAGGCCCCGCACCUGCCCCGGGCCCAGCCUCCUCCAGAGGAGGCAGGAGGCAGGGGUCAACUUCGGAAGAAAACGGUCAUUUCCUUUGUCCAGACCACCUUGAGUUUUAAGUAUGGAUAUUAAU